CUGCGUGGGGAUGUGCGGGGACGGUGCCAACGACUGCGGGGCGCUGCGGGCGGCCGACGUCGGCAUCUCCCUGUCCGAGGCCGAGGCGUCGGUGGCCUCGCCCUUCACCUCCCGUGUGGCCACCAUCGAGUGCGUGCCCAGGGUCAUCCGGGAGGGCCGGUGCUCCUUGGUCACCUCCUUCGGGGUCUUCAAGUACAUGGCCCUGUACAGCCUGGUCCAGUUCGUGUCCGUGCUCCUGCUCUACACUGUGAGUCCCACCCCAAAUCCUGCUUUCUUCAGAAUUCCUGGGGCACCGAUGCCUUAUGGGGCUGCAUAAAAAUAGAGGCCAGGCCAAAGUAAGGGAAUAAAAAGUGGUUGUAUUUACUGAAGGGCCUUCAGGUACAUCUCAGGCAGACAAAGCCCCCCAGGUGCUGCACCCAGAAAUGAACUGCAGGUCAUGGGUUUUCACACUUAUAUAACUUUGAUCCAUUUGC